AUGGCGACAGCCAAGAUCGCCACGCUGGCCAUCCGCACGCUCGCCAAACCCAUCGCGACGCAGCUCAAGAGCCAGGCCGCCCAGCAUGAGACCUUCCGCAAAAUCUGCAUAUCACUAGCGCAGAGGAUGCAUCGGACCGAGAUGGCAUUGCGCACCAACCUGCUCCCGAACGGUGUGCAGCAAAAGGUGCGGCCACUCAACGAUGCCAAGGCGAUCGCCAAUGGCGCCAACGCCAUCUCGGAGGGCUUUCUUUUCUUUGUCGCAGCAGCGCUCAUUCUCGGAGAGACCUACCGCGGAUCACGCAAGAAGGCAGAACAGCGAGACCGCACCGAGGACGCGCUGAAUCAGCUCAGCGACCACGUCCAGCGCAUGGCACACGUCCUCGGCAUCGACCUCGACCAGCUUGAACGUCUCGACGACCAGCAGCGAGAUUCAUCGUCAGACACGAGUGGGGCACUGGGCAGCGGGGACGUGACAGAGGAGGCGGAUCCGUCGCUCAUCGAGGCGCGCUUGAAACUGCUCCGAGAGAGGCAGGACGAAGAACUCAAGAGCCGUCAGCUCCAGGCAGCGGUCUCGGUGCUGUUGAACAUGGCACUGGAGAAGAGGUGGGUGGUGGGACCAGAAGCACUCGAACUCGAGGCGAUCCUGGGCAAAGAUAGAGCGACACAGCCCGCAACAUCGUCAUCACCCCCCUCUGAGGCCGCGCCAGGUGGGGAUGGCUCGCUACCUCCGUCGAUCAUCCAGCAAGUGGCGCUGGAACGCGCCAAAGCACUCGCACGCGAAGUACGCAGCACUUCUUCAUCGGAUCCACCACAAACCGACGCCUCGCUCGCCAACCUCGUUGCGCAACUCUCGCCCUCCGCACCACAGCCGUCCUCGGCUUGA